AUGGAGUGUAGAACUAACCGUCUCAUACAGACAACCAAGUGGUUGCAAGCAAGCUCCAAUAUCAUGAAGCCGAUCCCUACACACGAAAGGCUCCAUCAGCAGUCUAAGUCCUGGAACAGCUCCAAGGAUAGCUCUGCAGCUCUUGCCCUGCCCAAAUCCUCUCAUAUUGGAAUAAUUGGUGCUGGCUUGGCUGGGCUAAGAUGUGCGGAUAUCCUUCUCCAAAAAGGAGCUCGAGUAACCAUACUUGAGGCCAGGGAUCGAAUCGGAGGUCGCAUUUGCCAAAGCGAUAUUGGUGGUACUCCUGUUGACCUGGGCCCUAAUUGGAUUCAUGGGACGGAGAACAAUCCUAUUGUCAGUAUUAGCAAAUAUACCAAGACAGUCACACAUUCUUGGGAUGGCCCACAAGUUAUCAUCGACUCUUCUGGACGGCUACUGGACGCACAAGAUGCCACCAAGUUCUCUGAAUUCACGUGGGAAACUAUAGAUAAGGCCCUUGACCAUAGUCGGAAAAAUGCUGCAACGAUACCCCCCAAUCUUAGUUUAUGUGACUAUAUUCGAGAAGAGCUCGAAAAGACUACAUUUUCUCAAUCGGAAAAAGAGGCAUGUAUGGAGCUAUCAAAGUCAUGGGGGGCCUAUAUUGGGUCCCCUGUUGAUAGACAGAGCCUCAAGUUCUUUUUUCUCGAAGAAUGCCUCGAUGGAACAAAUCUCUUCGUGGCAUCAACAUAUAAGGAUAUCUUGCAGACGGCCGCUGAGCCCGCUCUAGAGGGUGCGAAAAUUUGUCUAAAUGACCCAGUGGUGUCUGUUAAAACGGAGCCCCGUAAGCCGCGCGUUGAACACCAUGUGACUGUAUCCACUGCUUCUGGCAAGGAGUAUGUGUUCGAUGAAGUCGUCGCUACAUUUCCCUUAGGUUGGUUGAAAAAGAACAAGUCUGUCUUCUCCCCACCUCUCUCACCCCGUCUGUCGACCGCCAUUGAUAGUAUAUCAUACGGCCAACUGGAGAAAGUUUAUGUCCAUUUUCCGGAAGCUUUCUGGAAUGUGGAGGGCAUCAAAGAGGCCUCAAAUGCUUCCAACUCCGCCGAAGACGAAGCGAGGCAUUUAGCUUUGAUGCCUGGAUUCACACAGUUCCUCAACCCAAAUUACGUUGAUCGUCCUGCCAUUCCAUUCUGGAACCAAGAAUGUCUUUCUCUAGCCACUCUUCCCAAGUCAUGCGCUCACCCGACGCUUCUGUUCUACACCUACGGACCAUGCGCUGCCCACAUCGUGAACAAAAUAUCUUCCCUCUCUCCAGAGUCGAAGGAAUACUUCGAGACCCUCGAUGGCUUCCUCCAUCCAUUUUACUCACGCAUGCCCGGAUACGAUCCGGACUCCCCAUCUUGCAAACCGAUCGCAUUCCUCGCCACGAAAUGGCAGCUAGAUCCAUGGGCCGGUAACGGCAGCUACUCGAAUUUUCAAGUUGGACUGAAAGAAGGAGAUCGUGAUAUUGAGAUUAUGAGAGAAGCUGCCGGUGUUGAAAGAGGACUGUGGUUUGCUGGGGAACAUACGGCACCGUUUGUGGCCCUGGGAACCACCCUGGGGGCGUAUUGGAGUGGUGAGCUGGUUGCGGAGAAGAUUUGUGAGGUGCUAACGGGUAAAGAAAAGGGAGCCCGAGAGUAAUGCAGCCGUAGAAGAGGUCUUUGAGGCCUGGUUGACUGCGUGUAAACCCUUGAGGUACGGUCAUUUCGACUCCUUUUUUUUUUUUUUUGGAGGCAUUGCUCGGUAGCUGUCUCAGUCUUAUUUGAUAUUCUUUCGCCCAUCUUCAUCCUAGCUCCGCAUGCUGCCCAGUGUUAAAGCUAUCUUGU